AUGAAGAAGCUUCGCACCACCACCGCCACCACCACUCUGGCUCUCCUUCUCCUCCUCGUCCUCCUAGCAGCCACGUCCCUCCGUGUCGCCAUGGCUGGGUCAGCGUUCUGCGACGGCAAGUGCGGGGUACCAACUCACUCCUCCAGCCUCCUCCUAUCGUCAAGCUCACACCAACCAGCAGGAGGGCUCUGCCAGAGCGAAGCAACCAAGAACACCACGAUGAAGAAGCUUCGCACCACCACUCUGGCUCUCCUUCUCCUCCUCGUCUUCCUAGCAGCCUCGUCCCUCCGUGCCGCCAUGGCUGGGUCAGCGUUCUGCGACGGCAAGUGCGGGGUGAGGUGCUCCAAGGCGAGCCGACACGACGACUGCCUCAAGUACUGCGGGAUAUGCUGCGCCGAGUGCAACUGCGUGCCGUCGGGGACCGCCGGCAACAAGGACGAGUGCCCCUGCUACCGCGACAAGACCACCGGCCACGGCGCGCGCAAGAGGCCCAAGUGCCCAUGA